AUGUCAUUCAUUUACAGCAAUAAGGAAGAGAAAGACAGCUCACUGUUGAAGAAAUGGGUUGACAAAGCACUACAGCCCUCAGAGCCACAAAUAAUAGUUGUUCAACGGGAGAGGCUGUUACAAACGACGUUAAGAGUUGUUGGUAAAUCUACUUUCAACUGGUCACAGCCGCUGCGAAUAGUAUUCUCUGGUGAAGAUGGAGAUGACCAAGGAGGUCCAAAGAGAGAAUAUCUCUGGUUGCUGAGCAAAGCUGUUGCUGAGGCUUCCUUGUGUGGCCCUGAGGGAAACAUGAUCUUCGCCCAUGAUGGUGAAAAGCUUGAGCGCAUGACAUUUGAAAUGUAUGGUAAAUUGACAGCAUACAAUGUCCUUAAUGGUGGACCAGGCCUACCGAUGAUCAACACCAUGCUGUACUCCUUCAUGACUGACCAGGGCAUAAAACCCCAUGUAGACAUUCUUACGCUUUCCCAGACCGAGGAAAUUUCUCGCAUUAAGGAGAUCCUGGACAGCCCAGACGACGAGGGAUUUAAGUCGGUUAUCGACAAACAUGCUGACUGGAUUAUUGAUCAAGGCUUACUUCCUACAAAAACAAAAUUGGAGAAGAAAGAUAAAGUAGCUACAUACCUGCUGAAAAACAUACUUUACUACAGAUUCCAUGCUGAAAUUACCCAAUUUGUUAACGGACUGGAUAAAGUGGGUUCAUUGCACAAAGAGAUCCUUCAUGCACCUGAAGCAUUUUCUAGUCUGUUUGUUCACCAAGCUGUUCAUCUAAAGUUUGACACAUUCAGAUUAUUGUAUGAAGUGAACUUCAGUCCAGAGGGUUCCAAUAACCGAAGGUUUGAGAAGGAUACAGUAUACUGCUUGGAGGUAUUCUUGAUUGAAUGUGAUGGCAAAGAAAGUGACAUAGCCUUGGCAGAUGUACUGAUGUUUUGGACAGGAGCAAGUUCUGUGCCCCCCAUGGGGUUUGACAAAAAACUUGAAGUGGACUUUGUUACGGCUGAUAGAAAACUGCCUGUAGCCCAUACCUGUGGCAUGGUUUUAGAACUUGUGCGUGGGUUAGCUGAUCCUGAUUUAUUCAAGGAGGAUAUGGUGAAAGCUAUUAAGUGGAGUGGAGGAUUCCACUUAUGUUAAAUGCAUCAGUGUACAAUCAGUUCUGAAGCUAUCUAUUAGUUUACAAUCAAACGGUUGCAAUACUUGAACUCAAGAUUCUACCAACUGCUCUUGUUUCAGGCCAGUAUGCAACAUUUAAAGGUUUAGGUCAUUGGAUCACCACAAUACUUAAGUAAAGGAAUGGCACAUAGCACAUCAUAAAGCAUGUUAUAAUUCUCAUUAUAGUUAUGAAUGAACAUUCUUCUGUCUUUUCAUGCCAUAUGCUGUAAAUCUUACUAUUUUGUUUGCUUUUGUUUUAGAUAGGCUCACACACACACUAAGUUAAAUACCUUUUAUGUUCUCCAGUGCAUGCAGUUGAAAACUUUACACUAUCCCAUACUGUAGGUAGAAUUGUAUACUUCAUGGAAAUUUUAGUUAUUGUGUGGCAUGAAAAUUGAGUUUGUUGUUACAUAUCACUAACACUUGGGAACCUUUUUCAAAGUCAAGGUUAAAGCUUUUGAGGCAGGAUAGCAUAUGUCAUUAUACCCAAACAAAGUUUGACCCCAAACAAAGUUUGAGAUAGGGUACAUGUAUAUAGGAGUUGCCUCAAUUGUUGAUCAGUCAGUCUGUUGGUCAGCAAGAAUUAUGUUGAGUGAACUAUUCUGGACAUUUCUUAAGAUAUUUACUUAAAACUUUGUGUACAUCAUAAUUGAGUGGAGAUGUGCAUGAUAGAAUUUGGUGUGGUUCAGCUUGUACCUGGUAUAGUUACCCUUAGAUUUAAUUAAAAUAACUAUAGAGCAAUUAUAUCAAUCUUGUGAACUUAGCUGAAAUCAGUAUAUUAGCAUAAGCCAUAUUGUGGGACAAACCACUUUUACUUUUUUUCAGAAUUUUGACUUUAAACUCUGUAUAUUUGAUCACCAUCAAGUGUAUAUGUUCCUGCACAUGUUUGGUGCGGCUUUGUUUUUAGUAUAAUGUGGUGUUGCAGGGGUAUUAAUAGCAUUCACUGAUAUUUGAAUAUUUGAGCAAAACCUCUUAAAUAAAAUCUCUUUUUCUGGAUUAUUGUUCCAGUCACAGACAAUAAUACCCUUUACAUUUGGUUUGGCUGUGAAACAUUCAAUAUAGCACCAGAAGCAAAAUAUCAGAUACAUAGGGUCAUGUCUGAAGCUUACGUAAGGGAGGAUAUUCAUUCUGUUUGACCAAUUGAACUACUAGUAACUUUAUGGGAUGUUGUGAGAAUAGAAUUUGCACAGGUUUUAUCAUGUCUCUCCUCUCAUGGUGGAGAAAUAUUGUUGGUUUCUUAGAUAUAUUUGUUUUUUUCCAUCUGUCAGUCCCCAGGAGUCAUUAAUACCAAGCCUAGUUGUGCACAUUGUUGGCAUGUUCUUCUAGGGUUAUUUUUUAGGAGUUGAGGCCCUUUUAUUUAGUUGAGUAUUGAAUGCUUGCCCAUGCUAUUUCUCAACAACAUGUGGACCCGCUGUUUUACUGGAAUGAUUUUCUGCAGUAUUUCUUCAAAACAUAAAAAAUUUAGAGGGGUGGUGGGGGAUGGAGGAGACAUAUGUUUCUGUGACAACAACUUCUACUUUCAUAUGAUUAAGAGUGAAACAUAUCGUGUAUGCAGAUGUGUGUUUUUAAAUGUACAUGUGACUUAUCAUAUGAUAAAAUGAUUGUCAAGUUUCAGUUAAUGUUGUUCCUUGAUUAAAGUAUGUUGAUGUUAUUACAUUUUUUAACAAUGUCUUUUUUCGUAAAUGAUUAUCUACAGAGUGUUUUAUAAUAUCUGUAAUUUUGAUUUUACACUGUCUGUUGCUUGCCAAUCAGUCAGUCAGUGGGUCCACACGUUUACUAAGUUAACUGAGUUGGUCUACAUGAAAGUUUACAACAGUGGUCUGUGGGAGAGCUGCAGCAUGUAUGUCGUUUCUAUUUGUUAUUACAGCAUUAGAGCACCAGAGCUAACAAUAGAACAAUCUACUAGUCAUGAAAUAUUAUGAUCAGUUUUAAAUUGUUGCCAUAUUAUUCUCAGGUGGUCGGUCGUGGACCAUUGUGGCCCUAUUUGUUAGUUGCAACUGAAUGUUGUAAAAAACGUAUGUUUAAUUUUUACUGUAAUACUUCCAGUUGUUUGAAUAUCAGUUAAGUAGUUAUUGUUUUCAUAUAGCUGACAGUUGUCUAGACUGAGACAUUUUAUGACAUUAUGUGUUUACCAGUCCCUGUUUGUUUUCAGAUAAUUGAAAUAGUGUGUUGUAUGGAACAAAAAUGAUACACUAUCUUAGACUUAAUUGGCAUUUAGUAUAGUUACAUAUGUUUCAUGUUUACAGUCUGUGAUUCAUUGAUUUAUUGAUCUCAAAAUAAAAAUCAUUUGUA